AUGACUUCGACGGGCACUCUGUGCAAUCUCGCGGGACCGGAAGGGCGAAAGAAGCGCGUCGCGUAUUUCUACGAUCCGGACGUGGGGAAUUACUAUUACGGCCAGGGCCAUCCCAUGAAGCCGCACCGCAUCCGGAUGACGCACAGCCUGCUCAUGCACUACGGCCUGCACACCAAGCUGGAGAUCUUCAAGCCGUUUCCCGCGCGCGAUAAAGAUAUGUGCAGGUUUCACUCGGACGAUUACGUCGAAUUCCUCCGCACAGUCACCCCUGAGAAUCAGCACGAGCAGCUGCGGAUGCUCAAGCGCUUCAACGUAGGAGAAGACUGUCCCGUCUUCGACGGGCUCUACCAGUUCUGCCAAACCUACACCGGAGGCUCGGUGGGAGGUGCGGUGAAGCUGAACCACGGGCACUCGGACAUCGCGAUCAACUGGGCAGGCGGAUUGCACCAUGCGAAGAAAUGCGAAGCUUCAGGGUUCUGCUACGUGAACGAUAUUGUGCUUGCGAUUCUUGAGCUGUUGAAGUACCACGCUCGUGUGCUCUAUAUCGACAUUGACAUCCACCACGGGGACGGCGUGGAGGAGGCGUUUUACACAACGGACAGAGUCAUGACCGUGUCCUUCCACAAGUUUGGCGACUACUUCCCCGGCACAGGCGAUCUGAGGGACACGGGGUACGGCCGCGGAAAGCACUACUCGCUGAACGUGCCUCUGCAUGACGGCAUCGACGACGACAGCUACCUCUCGCUCUUCAAGCCGCUCAUCUCCAAGGUCAUGGACGUCUUUCAACCAGGCGCAGUCGUGCUGCAGUGCGGGGCGGAUUCUCUCUCCGGGGACCGCCUGGGAUGUUUCAACUUGUCGGUGCGGGGCCACUCGGAGUGUGUGCGGUUCUUGAGAUCUUUCAACGUGCCGCUGCUGCUGCUGGGCGGGGGAGGGUAUACCAUUCGCAACGUCGCCCGCUGCUGGUGCUAUGAGACGGGAGUGGCGGUGGGGUUGGAGCUGGAAGACCGAAUGCCUUUCAACGAUUACUACGAGUAUUUCGGCCCGGAUUACACGCUGCACAUCACGCCCAGCAACAUGGAGAACCAGAACUCGAGGGCGUAUUUAGACUCAGUGCGAACUCGCCUGCUGGAGAAUCUAUCAAAGCUGCAGCAUGCACCCAGUGUGCCCUUUCACACGCGUGCCCCUGACACGCAACUACCCGACGAGGAGGAGGAGGAGCCUGAUAUUCGGCCAGAGGACAGGGAGGCGGAUGGAGAUGCGCCUGCAGUGCUGGAAGGACCAGCAGCAGCUGCCGUGAAGGAAGAAGGGAAGAGCGGGGGAGGCAAGGGCGCAGCAGCAGCAGGAGGAAUAGGUGGGGCUGGAGGAGCAGCAGGGGGUGGGGUUGGAGGGGCUGUGACAGGGGAGGGGAAGAAGCGACCUCUACCCGAGGCUUCAGGUCGCCCCCCCACUGCCCGCCCGCCCGUGAAGCCCAAGGUGGAAUCGUCACUCAAAGCCGAGCCUGCUUCCACACCAGCUCGAACUGCCAUACCUGCUGACAAGAAGGAAGAUUUGAUUCACGGCAGCUCCCCGUCCACUCGUGGGCUGACACCUGGCGAGGCAGCUACAGGAGCGGCAGGGGAGAAGGGGAGUGAGAGAGGGAGUGAGAAGGGGUCUGGCAGUGGCUUAACCCGCAAGGCGUCUCCAUACAGACAAGGGAACCUGGGUGACUAA